AUGCCCGUAGAGCAUGAUCUGAGGCUCUGGAAUGGGACGCAGUUCUUCCGCAGAACUGUCCUUAUGGUGUCCAUUGACGGUUUGAGAGCCGACUAUGUAGAACGCGGGCUCACUCCUCACUUGCUCAACAUUAGUCACCAAGGCUUGCGAGCUAAAUUUUUGAAACCUGUGUUUCCCAUUAUUGUUCCAUCAUAUCCGCGCUCAAACUCUUUCAGGACAGGGCUAUACGCGGAAUCCCACGGAAUGGUGGCUAAUAACUUCUACGAUCCCAUCACGAAUACGUCUUUCCAUUACGCAGACUCCAACACGGUUUACAACGCCUCUUGGUGGUGGGGAGAACCAAUAUGGGAAACAGUAUCAAAGGCAGGAUUAACUACAGCCAACCUAAUGUGGCCGGGGCCGCUGAAGACAAUACGAGGAAUCUCGCCAACAUACAUGGUACCGUGGAGGGACCACGUCCCGUUGCAGGAAAAGCACGACCAAAUAAUGGAAUGGAUUGAUCUUCCGCUCGAGAAGCGACCUCAGCUGAUUUUAGCGUACGAGCCCCAUUUGGAUCAAGUUGGACACAAGGCCGGUCCAGAGUCCAACCUUGUCAAUAGCGUCUUGGGCGAUGUGGACAAGUUUGCCGCCUCAAUACAUGCCUCAUUGAAGCAAAGGAAUUUGACACAGAUUGUGGACGUCAUCUUCGUAAGCGACCAUGGAAUGACAAAUACAAGCAAUACGCGCCUCGUCUAUCUUGAUGAUGUUAUGGGGAAAGAUCAGGUGGCGGAGAUUGAGCACGAGGACGGAUGGCCCUCUGUUGGCCUAUGGAUGUCGAAGGCUUCGAAUUUGACGCAAGUUCUAUUGCGUUUGCUUUCGUCGAAUCCCGCAACUUCAAAUCCCCCAGCAAUUAACGUAUACACUGCCAAAUCCAUGCCAGCUCGCUACCACUUCAAUCCCGACAGGAACCCCAGAAUUGCGCCGCUUUGGAUUGUGCCUCACAUCGGCUGGGCCAUCACGAACCACCAUGAACACGAAGUAGUAAUGGCAGGGAAUUAUAAACCUAAAGGAGUAAGCAUUCUCAACUCUCAUUGGUUGUUCAAUACGUUCAUCUGCACGAACCAGAACCAUGGCUAUGACAAUGACGAAUCAUCUAUGCAUGCAUUCUUUGUUGCUGAUGGACCAUUCGCAACCCGAAUGCGCAAGAAGCGAUUUGGGGGAUUCCGUGACUACUUCCCAAGAAGCCCGAGCAGUGCUAUGCUAGACCGACACACUAAUUUGGAUGAGCAGAAAGAUCCUAUGAUUAUAGAAGGGUUCGAAAACGUGGAGAUAUAUGGACUUGUUUGCCGUCUCCUUGGCAUAGAAAGGUUUGCAGCACCGAAUAAUGGGACCCCAGGCUUUUGGGAUAGAUAUUUAGAGGAUGGCCAUUGA